AUGUCUCUUUUCGUGGUAAACACUCCCAACCAUGAGGGGCAGCUGAAGGAGCACCUCAUCGCAGCGCACAAGCGCAAGCCGCUCCUCGCCACCGCGUGGGUGAAUCCGCCCUCAGUGCUCAUCACGAACAGUGAAGGUGAGGUGCUGACCCCGGUGACGGAGCCUGCCGGCUCGACGGGAUGCACGCAUCAGCCAAUGGCAUUGACAUGGCACCCCAGCGAGGCGCUUCUCUUGAUUGGGUGGAGCAACGGGGAGAUGAGCUUGUGGUCGAUGCCGUCGGUGAGCAGCCUUGCCUUGGGUGAGGACUACACCGCGGCAGCCGCACUCACCGCUGUGCAGUCCAUUGCAGCGAGGGCGGCUACGCAAAGUGACGUGGAGGGCGCAGUUCGCGAACACGGCGCCGGAGCAGUGCUGGCCGCGGAGUGGUCGACGCGUGGUCUGUAUCUCGUCUCCGCAUCACAGCAGCGCCACGUGGUGAUGUGGAUGCUGGAGCAGACCCCCACCGAGACGAGCGUCAGCUUUAAGCUGAAGCCCCUCUGGUCCGUCCAGGCGUGUGAGCCAGUUGUGGGCAUCUUUCACGUCCCUGGCAAGGCCGCUCACUCUCCGACAGCGUUCAAUGCGUACGAUGGCGCUGCCGCUGCCGCUGCUGCAGAGGGCGGCGAUGACGACAUAAGCUUCCUUCUCGCCGACGGCAGCAGCUCUCUAGCGGCCAUCAACGAGGAUCAACAGCUUUUUCCGUGCGUAAGACAGCAGGAGGCAAUUGUGUCCGUGCUUUACGACGCCACAAGCCGCACCCUCGUUACACUUACCACAACCUGCAUGGUUGAGGUGUAUCGUGUAGGCGAAGGCAUCAAGGGUAGCUCGAUGCUGCGGCGUAAGCUAUCGGCUCCCUCCACCACGGCUACUACGUCUGCCGCGACGGGCGGGCGGAUUACCAUGUCAAUGGUGUGGGCGUCGCCUGGUGUCGUGGCCUUCGGCUGCGACGAUGAUCGCGUGCGCGUCUUAGACCUCUCGAACGAGUCGAUGGAUGUGCUGAUGCUCCCGCAGCCGGACCUGCACGUGUCGUCCUUGGCGACCUUCGCUGCCAAAGGCAUCCUGACGGUCGGUACCGUGGAGGGCGUCCUGGCGGUUUUUCAGCACCGAGCUGCGUCCCUGUCGACAGUCCACCAUGCUUUAGAGGCGAGGGAAACAACGACCAUCAACUCCCCGUUCGCUGCGGCUGCCGGGGUGGCAAGCCAGUGGGAGGCGAUAGCGGUGCACCAGGUUGGCAAGUGCGUCGACCGAGUUGUCUUCACGGCUUUUGGCGAUGUGGCGUUGUGUCGUGGUGGCUCGGAGCUGCAGGUAUUGCACGAGAUCAUCCGCAAGCGCUCCUGGGACGGCGUCGCGGCGGUGACGCAGAUUUCGUCGGACAUGGUGGUGAUCGAGAGUGUCACGGGAUGCCAGUGCCUGCUACAGAAUAAGGGGAACGUGCGUGGGCUCUCCAUCGCGUUCCCCAACAUCGCCAUAUGGAACGGGUCGCAGAUCGACCUAUACAUCAUCAACGAGGUCGCAUCCGAAUUCACGUUCGUGAACUUUGUGAUGACGACGAGCCCUGCCUUCGCCAUACACCGCGACGGCCUCAUCUACGUCAAGGGCAACCGUAUCAUAUUCGAGACGAUGCAGCUCGCCCCCAUCGCACAGAUGACUUUUACCGAGUCCGAAGGCAUCCCAGUGAUCAUAGACAUUAUGAACGACUACCUCGUGGCGGUGUCGUCGAAGAACUACCUGCGGCUCGCCCGGGUUUCGUCGCGCGAUUUACAGCAAGUCGGGCCAGCUCGCCCGCUGACGUUUCCCAGCGCAUCAGAGCCAACUCCCUCGGACACUGCUAGUGGCGCACCAGCAGCGGGGCCAUUUGCCGCCAAAGACACCAAUGCGCUCGAAGUGUCGGUGUCCACGGCGCGUGUGAACGCGCAAGGCCGUCGGGUCGCCUUGAUGACCAGCCUGGGACCCCUCGCGCUGCCUGAUACGCGCAUCUGGGUGUACGACUCCGACACAGACAAAAUGUCGUCCUUUGACUUCGGCAGCCGCAAUGAGAUGCCGAACUCCGUCUACUGGAACACACCAGAGCCGAACACGAGCACCAUCGGCGAGUUCGAGUACAUCCUGCUUGCCUGUGAGACAUACCAGAUCCACAUGGAUGACAAGAAGGCGGCAUCAGAAGAGGUGGCGACGCCAAAGGCCGGUACGGACGGCAUCAACGACAAGAACGGGAGCGCCGAUCGCCCAGCUGGCCAGGAGAAUUUCCCCGAGGCGUUGCAGAACAUGGAGAACUACGCAGAGAAAAAGGCUGAGCUGGAGGACGCGCGCCGCGGGUCCGUUGGCGCCACAAACUACGUUGCCCAGCGCGCGCACAACAUCGUCACGUUGUUCGCAACGCACGACGGGCUGGUCGUGCAGAACGUUGCGUCGAUGCGACGCUAUCAAAUUUGUCUGGUAGGCCUCACCAUCCCCGACUUCCUGCUCGCCUCUGUGAAGAUCAACGGCAAUCCGAGCAACGCGGAGGACUACGUGAUUGAGCAGAAGCGGUUGCGCGACUUUGAGGGCCUAAAGUCGGAUAAGGACGUGGCUGUGCGGGAAGCGUUGAUGAAGUUUAGCUACUACGCGACCAUCGGCAACAUGGAUGAGGCGUACCGGUGCGUCAAGAGCAUCAAGAACCCGGCGGCGUGGCAAGGGCUGGCUCGCCUGUGCGUGACGAGCGGGCGCCUCGACGUGGCGGCGGUGUGCUUGGCUACGAUGGAGGACUGCGUGGCCGCACGUGCCUUGCGAGAGGCCAGAGAGGAGUACCCAGACGACAAAGGCGUGCAACUGGCGACGCUGGCGCUCGGCCUGGGCAUGACUGAGGAGGCAGAGGAGCUACUACGCAAGUCGAAGCGGUAUGACCUGCUGACCGAUGUGUACAUGGCGUGCGGCAAGUUUGAGCACGCCCAGCGUCACUCCGAGCGGUUUGACCGCGCCCGCAUUCGGCCGGUCGCGUACAAGUACGCGCAGUUCAUGGAGAGCCUUCAGAACAUGGAUGCCGCCAUCAUGUGGUACUACAACGCCAAGUGCGCUGGCACCGAUGUCCCACGCAUCUUCUUCCAGACAAACCGUAUGCACGAGCUCCGGCAGCUGAUGGUGACGCAGAGCCAGUCGCCAUCGCCGUCGGCCGGCGCCAGCGCGCCGACGGCCCAGCCAGGGCGCGAUGAGCGACAGUCCGCCUUUGCUGCCACCUUUCCACAAAAUCGUGAGCUACUGCUGUGGUGGGCGCAGCACAGCGAGCGGCGCCGCAAUGUGCAGGAGGCGCUGCGCUUCUAUCACGCUGGCGAGGAUGUGUACAACAUUGUUCGAAUUUUAUGCUCACUGACGCCGCCAAAGCUGGACAGUGCAGUGCAACUCGUGAAUAAGGAGAUGGAAAAGGCGAAGACGCGCUUCCAGCAGCAGCAAGCCUUUGCCGCGGCAGCGCCGAUGCACUGCGGAGACGACGACCAAGGAGAGCCCGAUCCAGUGGGUGCCGCGUACUUUGUAGGGCAGCUGUACGAGCGACAGGGCAACGCUCAGCUGGCGCUGCAGUAUUACCAGGCUGCCGGCGCAUACCGCAGUGGUGUUCGCGUCGCGUGGAAGACGGAGCAGUACGGUACCGUAGUGAACCUGGCGAUAAAGAGCACUGACGAGCGCCUGAUGCUCGAGACGGCGAUGGCGCUAGAGAAGCAGCAGGCGUACGACAAGGCCGUGCAGCUGUACCGCCGCAUCGGCGCCGUGCAGUGCGCCCUCGAUGCCUGCGUGCGAGGCGGUCUGUAUGAGACCCUGCACGAGGUGAGCGCCACCUUCGCCAACGGCUCCACCGAUCCAGCGGUCUUCCUCGGCAUGGCGGACCAUUUCCAGAGCGAGGGUGACUACCAGAAAGCGGUGGAGAUGCUCCUCUUCGCGAAACAUUUUGAUGAAGCGCUGAAGCUGUGCGAGACACGCGGUGUCACUCUGACAGAGGAGAUGGCAGAGUCCAUGACGAGCGACAUGGGCAAGCUUUCCAUGGAAGAGAGGCAGGCGGUGCUGCGCCGGGUGGCCCACAUCGCCAAAGAUCAGGGCAGCUGCUCUUUGGCGUGCAAAAAGUAUACGCAGGCUGGCGAUCGCGUUAAGGCAAUGCGGAUGCUCAUGCGUGGCGGAGAGACAGAGAAGGUCAUCUUCUUCGCAAACCACUCGCGCAACGUGGAGAUCUACACCAUGGCCGCAAACUUUCUGCAGUCGCAGAACUGGAGCACCGACGCGAGCAUCUACAAGAGCAUCAUUCUCUUCUACACAAAGGCGAAGGCAUGGACGAAUCUUCUCGUCUUCUAUGAGUCGUGCGCGCAGCUGCACAUCGACGAGAACCGAAACUACCCCGAGGCGCUGCGUGCGCUGGAGGACUGCAUCGCGAUGACCGAAAGCGGGUCAGCAGGCAAGGCGAACAUAGACAGCGACAAGGUGGAGCAGCUGAAGCGGCGCGUCGAGGUACUGAAGGCGUUCGUGAAGGCGCAGAAGACGGUCGACUCCAUGGUGGUCGCCGACCGUGGCUCUGUCGCGGAGAAGGCGAAGGCGGACAGCGUCAUCGCCUCCUGCUCUGAUAUCAUCAAACGCAGCCGCCCUUCCAGCCCAGAUCAUGAUCUCAUACAAGACGCCCUCCGCAUCGGUGACGUGUUUGCUCUCAUGGUGCGCUUUUACUUUGACAAGCUCGGUGAGUCGAACAACGCGCUGAAGGUGAUGGAGAGCAUGUCGAAACACGGCGCCGAUCCGCAGCUCUUUAUUGAGACCGACUACAUGGAGCGGGUCUGCCAGGCCAACGGCAAGUCGCUUGCUAACGUGCUGCCUGGCGUGAUGGCGGCCGGUGCCCCUGGGGCAGUGUGGGAGGGAGCCCGAAAGGAAAGCACGGACACACGACGUUCCAGCGUGAUUGAUGAAGUAGACCGAGCCGUCUAG